UGUUUUAAUUGUAGCCGGAGGGCGCUAAUCAUUAUAAAGUCACCUUCUACCGGCCGGAUCGAUCUUUAGAGUCUAGCGCUAGCCUAGAUAAGACAGUGGUGGUGAUUUUGUGUUUUGUGCGUAACGUACUAGACGAAAAAUGGCCGUACCAGACGGAGAUGCACAGAAAGGAAUGAAGCUGUUCAAGACGAGAUGCGAACAGUGCCACACAGUCGAGAAGGGAGGCAAACACAAAACCGGGCCCAAUCUACACGGGCUAAUUGGGAGGAAAACCGGACAGGCGCCCGGAUUCUCUUACACAGACGCGAACAAAGCCAAAGGAAUUGUAUGGAAUAAGGACACGCUAUUCGUAUACUUAGAGAAUCCCAAAGCGUAUAUACCCGGAACAAAGAUGGUGUUCGCAGGCCUCAAGAAGAAAAACGAUCGUGCGGAUCUCAUCGCGUACCUAAUGGAGGCGACGAAAUAAUCGCACUACAGUUUACGGAACUAAAAAUAGCGCUGCCAUUAAUUUAUUGCGAGAUUUGCGAAGAAUCUUCUAGGUUAAGUAAAGGAAUUAUUAAUUUUAAGAAAGGUAGUUCUGUUUUGCGUUCUGUAAUAUGUAAUUGACGGUAGUAUUCGUUGGAGCUGUUACCUUAUCGAUAAACGAACACUAGGGAUUCUUUUAGCCAAUUUUGAAAUUACCUGUUGUCGAACCAAAAGUAUUUAUGGACAUGUUAUCAUUUGAAAUAUAAACACUUUAAAGAUU